AUAACAUCAGCUGCAUUAAUAUAGAGUGUCAAAAUUAAUUUUCCCAGUUUCAGUAACUGUACUGACAUAACAUACAAUAUAUAUAUUCAUUUCGAAGUAGAAAUCCAAAUUAAAUGGGGAUACAGUUGGAGAAUUUGGUGGAGUCGAUAAAAUCGAAGGUGAGGAAGUUGAAGAAAUCAAAGAAGACAUAUAUGAAGAUGGAAAAAAGCUCCAGCGUGAAGGUUGAGAUCCGUAGCAAGAAGGCUCGUAAGCUCGUCGAGAAAACUCUCCAAGCCGCUGAUCGUCCUGGAAAGCGUAGCCUUUAAUAAUUCUUGAUACUCGAGGAAUAGAGGUUAAUUCAAGGUUUGAAGUCGACAGUUAGUAUAAGUAUGUUACACCCCUUACUUUUGUUCUUCAAGACAUUAAGUUUGGACUUAUCAUAUAUAUGCUACACACAUGCUCUUCAAAAUUGAAAUUCGCAAGGUUUUCCAUCGGAUUGCUUUUUGGCUGGAUAAUUCGCAGAAAAAUAAGUUACCUGCGAAUUUUAAUAAACAAUUUGAUGGAAAAUUUCCAUGUAAUUUGCACUUUUCUUGUAGUGCGGCCUGCACCUGCUGCCAUCAUUUCGCAUAUGCCAGCAGAAGCAAAUUCAGAAUUUGGAGAUAUUGGGUUCAAAAUGGUUGUGCUCUAUUACAUACAUUUUACAAGUUUUGACUCAUAUUUAUACAUGGUUCAAUUGAACACGUUCUAGAUCCGUCUCUGUUCAGCAUCGGGAAAGUUGGCCCUUUGGACGCUGAUUGUGAGACCAGUCUCGGUUACACGAUGACUCUGCGUGUAUAAUUGGUUCAAUGCUGGGAACAGUUUUUGGUCUUUUUGUUCGAUUAAGGUGAUUGGGAAAAGGAACAAAAUCUGGGCAAUCUUCUUUAGUGAAUUUGUAACUUUAGUCUUAGAAAUCAGAGCCUAUUUAUUUUAUGUACCAUAAAAUGACAACUAUCUUGAUUUGUUUUUACAUGAAAUCUGGCUUGUCGCGUG